AUGUUCGAACUUGUGUGUAGAUACCUUCAGGACUGCGUAGCACAUGGAUGGCAGAAGGUCGUGCUACCUAUUUGUUGGGUAUGUCUGCUCUGCUACAUUAUCUACAUUCUGGCCACAACCGCAGAUAAAUAUUUCUGUGUGGCCCUGACAGACAUGGUGGAGAAGAUGGGCAUACCGCCUAGUAUCGCUGGUGUCACUUUCCUUUCGUUUGGAAAUGGAGGACCGGAUGUGUUUGCUUUGAUGUCCGCCGUGGUGAGCGGAUACUCCCACAUUGGUAUGGGCUCCAAUCUGGGCGCGGGUCUCUUCAUCACUACGGUCAUCACCGGUGUGGUAGCGUUUAUGAGCGAAUGUCGCGUGAAUCCGCUAUCCUUCUUCCGUGAUCUGAUCACCUACAUCGUGUCGACAGUCUAUUUGGUAGUUGUGUUUUUCGACGGGAAGGUCCACGUGUGGGAAGUCGUGGGCUUCUUCGUCAUCUAUUUCGUCUACGUGGCCAUCGUCAUCAUCUUCCGAAAGCAGUCCGCGGAGGUCUACGAGGACGCUGUCGCUUUGAGGGGCGGACGUGAGGAGUAG